AGCUGGAGAAAGGGCUGACGGAGGAGCAGAUCCGAGCGGCUUGCAAGCAGCUGCUGCUGGCACUGCAGUACCUGCACGGCCGCAAGAUCAUCCACAGGGACGUGAAGGCUGGCAACGUCCUGCUCACCCUCGACGGGGACGUCAAGCUGGCCGAUUUCGGUGUCUCGGCCAAAAACUCCAGCACCGUCCAGCGCCGGGUGUCCUUCAUCGGCACCCCGUACUGGAUGGCCCCGGAGGUGGUGCAGUGUGAGACAUCCAAGGAGAGCCCCUACGGCUACAAGGCUGACAUCUGGUCACUGGGCAUCACGCUGAUCGAGAUGGCCGAGAUGGAGCCCCCCUACCACGAGCUGAACCCCCUCCGGGUGCUGCUGAAGAUCGCCAAGUCCCAGCCGCCCACCCUGCGUCACCCCAAGAGGUGGUCUGAAGACUUCAAGGAUUUCCUGAGGAAAUCCUUGGAGAAGAGCCCUGAGGCGCGGUGGUCGGCCAGCCAGCUCCUGCAGCACCCGUUUGUGGCGGGCAUCUCUGACAAGCGGCCACUCCGGGAGCUGGUGGCUGAAGCCCGGGCUGAUGUGCUGGAGGAAGAGGAUGAGGAGGGAGAUCUGGUCCCCUUGCCUGGGCAGGAGCAUGGAGGGUCCUCCUGCCCCCUGACCCCAGGGGGGUCCCUGGAGCCGCAGCCCCUGGACGCCGAGGGGAGAGGCAGUGAGGAGCCGCAUGUCCCAUCCGACGUCCAGGUGGUGGCAGAGCCCAGGACCAAGAGAGCAUCCAACUUCUUGAAGCAAAUGAGGAGGAGGUCCUCGCCCGAGCCGGCAGGCUCCGUGAGGCUCCCUGCGAAGAGGCCGUCCGAGUUUCUGAAGCUGAUGCGGCGCAGGUCAUUUUUUGGAGGGAUGAAGUCCCAAGAAACAGCUAAGGAGCAGCACGGAGCAGAGACGAGUGGGUUGGAGAAGACGGUGCUGGAUGCUCCUCAGGGGACAUCAGUCCCAGCAGAGGCAGGUGGAGAAGUUCAAGGGUGUCCAGAGGAGGAGAGCAGCUCGCUGGGGAUGCCCUGCAACAUGGCUGGGCUCCCCUCGUGGCCACGGCGGGCAGGAGACCUUGCUGAACUUCAAGAGCUGAAGCAGGUUGGACCUAAGGCAGAACCCCAGGAGGAAAGCCAAGGUGCUGACGCACCACCCGUGGCCAAAAUGCCCGCAGAGGGAUGGCUUGCAUCCCAGCUGAGCCCUGUUUUGAACCCCAAAAGCAAUGCAAAAAAGGAGUCAAGCAGAGACCCUACUCAUACCUUGCUGGCCCUGCCUGCACCCAUGGGUGGGGACUGGUGCAGAGGCUCGGCCGUGGGGCAGCUGGUGGCAGCGCUGGACUUGUGGACGAUGGGGACCAAAACCCAGAGCUUCAAGUGGCUGGCAGAGCAUCAGCACCGGGUUACUUGGUCGUUGCUAGACCUGAGGUUUGAGGUUGGCCCCACUGGGGCUGAAGGUGGCCUUGAGAAGGAUAGCGAUGGAGCAGGGAUGGCACCCAUGGGACCUGAGGGUGCUGGAGAGUCUGGGGAGACUGAGCCAGUGGAGGAGAGGGUGCCAUGGAGUGAAGAACCGCUGAUGCCCAGUGUGACGGAGGAGGUAGUGGUGGGGUCAGACAUGCUCAAGGGGUGGCAGGAGCCCCCCGCGGGAGUGAGGAAUGGUGAGGAGAGAAACUCAGCCGUGUGCGAGCCCAUCACUGACCCCCUGGACCUUGCUGAGUGGGAGGUGGGGAGGAAUGAGGAGGAAGCCACAGACGAUGUUGAAACUGGGGCCAAAACUUCUCCCGAGGAAGCCCUGGUGCCAGCAGAAGUGAAAUUGGAAGAGGAUGUAAAAGGGUGUUUGACUGGAGACCGUAAUGCAGCGGGAGAUGCAGCCAGCCCGGGGGAAGGGAUGCUGGCAGGAGAGGAACUGGAGGCAGCCUCUGCAGCGUGUGCAGGAGAAGGACCAGCAAGCGAGGAGGCCCAAAAUUCAGUGGAGGAUUCGUCCCCUGGGGAGAUCCUGGGGCCUGUUGAAGAAACAGAAGAGAAAGUGGAAAGCAACCCCAGAAACAACCAGCCAAGGGCUUCUCAUGGGAAUGGCUGGAGAGGACAAGAUGGAAAUGAUGGAGAGCUUGGAGAAGGGGUGCACGUUGCUCCCGCUCCUGAAAAGCCAUCAAGGGAUGGACCUGGAGAGGAGAUGGGUGACUUGGAGGGUCAUGGAGCAGUGCCAGAGCCCCAGGAGGCCUUUGGUGGACAUCCAAAUGCCACAAAGACCGAACCUGCCUUGCUCCGAAGGACGGUCAAGAAAACCCGGAGGUUUGUGGUAGACGGGGAGGAGGUGAGCGUGACGACCGCCAGGACCAUCGUCAAGGCUGCGGCAAGGGAUGAGAUGGUGCGUUCGGCUCGGCGCCAGGAACUCCGUGAGCUGCGAGUGCUGCAGAAGGAAGAGCAGCGAGCUCAGAGCCAGCUGGAGCAGAAGUUUCACCAGCGGCGGGAGCAGAUGUUUCGUCACAUCGAGCAGGAGAUGACGAGCAAGAAGGAAUUUUAUGACCGGGAGAUGGAGAGGUUGGAGCGGCACUACCGGCAGCUGAAGGAGCGCCAGGAGCUCGAGUACACGGUGAGGCUGCGUGAUGAGGCCAAGUGCCUCAAGUCCCUCCAGGAGAAGGACUGCAGGAGGAGGACGCAAGAGCUGAAGGGCGAUGGGAGAGAGGAGCAGCGGUUCCUGCAGCAGCAGCAGGAGGAACUCAAUGCAGCCCUGCAGAGGGUCGUCCAGGAGCACAAGAAGAAGAUGACGUCCAUUGACUGGGAGUGCACCAGCAAGAUCCAUAGCCUCAGGAGAGCCCGCGAGUCGGUGGUGUGGAGCAUGGAGCAAAGGCACCUGCAGGAGAAGUACCAGCUCUUCAGGCAGCAGGUGAAGGAGCAGCACACACUGCAGCGGCAGCAGCUCCACAAGCGCCAUGAGAAGGAGACGGAGAGGAUGAACCGCUUCCACCAGCUCUUGCUGGAGGAUCUGAGGAGCCAGCAGGCACAGGAGCGGGCUCAGCUGCUGAAAAGCCAACGUUGCGACGCCAAAAUCCGCCUGGCCCUCUUCAAGGACAACCUGAAGCUCCAGGAGGCUAAUGGGGCCAGGCAGAGGGAGAGGGCCAAGCAGUUCAUGAAGCAGGAGGAGAGGCGGCAGCGAGCGCAGGCACAGCAGCAGCAGGAACACACCUUCCCCUUCCCACCUCCCCUCUCCCAGAGCGAGAAGAUGCACCUCCUGGCAGAGCAGGAGAGGAGGCAGCUGGGGCGGCUGGACCAGGAGCACACGAUGGAGCUCGGCGAGUGGAAGCAGCGGCUGGCUGCCCGCAAGGAGAUGCUGGAGAAGGAACUGGGGAACGCGCUGCCGGCGCAGCGGCGAGGAGGGCUGCAGGGCACCCACAGCAGCAACAGAAUCACCCGCUUCUUCCACCUCCCCUCCUGA